ACAAUGGAAAACGAAAAUACCGUUUCUGUCUGUUGUGUAGGGGGAAAUCAACAUUCCGAUUCCGGUUGAUUGAACAGAAGCGAACCAGAUAAAUGAAAAUGAUAAAAGAAACACUGAUUUUUUCAGUGCUGAUUUUGGAUUGCGGGAAAUUUUAUCUAUUUUUUUAUAAAAUAGUUAAUUAUUUUUAGUCACGCAAAUUCGCAAUAAUUGUAAACCAAGUUUAUAAUUUACUAACCCUACUAGACUAUUAAAACAGGGUUUAUUUUGAUUGACGAAUCGUGACAUCGUGUGUGAUAGCUGAUAAAAUCUUCAGGAAAUAUGCGGAUAGAAUAAUGCAAUAUAUUUUUAUUUCAUAUUUUUAUUGUUAUUAUUUAUUCAAAUAUUUAUAUGAACUGGCGAAGAAUUAUGUCAAUCAAAAUUUUAAAUUAUAUUUCUUGCGAUGUACGGUAGAUGGCGAAUGAGAUGAAGUAAACACGUGUGUUAUUCUGAAAAAGCACACGCUUAAAAAGAAAUGUUGACUCAACUUUUGGUGUAAAAAAAUUGUAAUUUAAAUAACACAGUUUCGAAAGCAAUUUUACACAUAUAGUUAUGGAACCUACGAAAGCUGCAGCACCCGUUCUUUCAGCAGCCCAACAAAAGAAAUCUAUUAAUGGAUCUACCAAAGUUCAGAAACGAAAAGUGUUAAUCAAUACGCUCGAUUCUCCUUUGGAUCUUGAAUGGCCGCGAAUAGGAGCAGUGAAAGAGGAAGAAGUCACAAAAUUACUUGCCGAAUACCUUUCUCCAGUGAGAGCAAAUCAUGUUUAUACAUCCAAAUCUUCGAUUGAGGCCAUGUCAAAAGAAGAAAGAACUGAGUGGCGGAAAACAGAAAAAGCAAAAGCAAAGGAAGAUGUAGAGGAAAGCAAAUCUAAAAUGUGUGACUUGAUGGUUGGUUUUCGAGAUGUGGUAAAGGCAGCUGGAAAUGGUCAGACCUGUGCAGUUUUUUGCGAAAAGACUCCAGAUCCCCCAAUGCUGACAAGAAUGCUGGCUCCUUUGUGCCAAAACAAUGGCAUUCCCCUUUUUGCUAUCAAAAACUUUAGCACAGCUGUAAAAAAUCUGUUAAACAUACCUAGAUGUUUGACCAUGGCUCUUAAGUUAACAGCAAAGGAUGAGACUAGCCCACUCAACGCCUUUUACAAGAAAAAUAUGGAAAUUUAUGAAAGUUGUGGGCUUGCAGUUCCGGAAAAAAGUUUGGGAUCCAUUGGUACUGAUUCAGCUGCAACAGUAGCAAUACUACCCGUAAAAGACCAAAAAUCUUAUACCAGAAAGGAGAUUUUGCCCGUUCCCACCAGUUGCAACAACGAACGGUUUUAUUUAAAAAAGAGUGACCGUGGUUGCCGCUUCGUACCGGGAGUGAACACGAAUCCUUUGAAAGUGAACAAGGACGCAGAUGAUACAACGUCAACCGCCAUGGAAUUCAUUGCUUUGAGCGCCGAUCCAACCCCUCAUUUGCCGGCAUCGACCAAGAUACUCCGAUACCACAAAAUCAAACAAAUCCAACCCAAUGAGAAUAAACAAGAAAAGCGAACAAAGAAAAAUUCAAACCCCGGCGAGUCGGCUCCAAAGAAGAAGAAGAAAUGAAUCGUCUGCGGCAGUCAUCAUUCAAGUAACGUGUCAGAUUCGAUCACAGACAAAAGCCUUUUUUCCUGGUACAAUCAUGUGAAUACAGCAGAGAAGAAGAAAAAAACAA